AUGCAAUGGAUCUUCUCGAAGAGGAGCCCCGCGGCGCUGAUUGUCCCUGCACGAUCCCGUGCCGAUGUAAUCGUCGUUGCGGUGGCAGCGCGAGACAAGGGAAAGGCAAAGGCAUAUGCAAAACGAUGGGAUAUCCCCAUUGUGCAUGACAAUUAUGAGGCUCUCAUCGCCGACUCAUCAAUCGACUGCAUAUACAACCCCCUCUCAAAUAACCUCCACUACGGCCCAACACUCGCAGCCCUCAAAGCAGGAAAAUAUGUCCUCCUUGGGAAACCAUCCGUCUCCAACGCCCAAGAAGCGCGCUCGCUAUUCCAUCACGCCGUCCUCCAAAGCCCCCAUGCACCCGUCCUACUAGAGGCAAGCCACUACCACUUCCACCCCGCCUGGCACCUCUUCCUCUCCCAAUUCGACGCCACACACAUCGAGCACGCCGACAUCCGCGCCGCAGUCCCAGCCGGCUUCUUCCCCGGUCAUGACAUCCGCUUCAGCUUUGAACUCGAGGGGGGGCUGCGCCGCGGAUCCAGGCCAAUACAUUUUGUCAGCCGUCCGCAGCAUCUUUGGCAGCAAGCCCGUGGAUGUAGUAGCUGCGACUACUCGGCUUAUCACCCCGCUAUUCGAUCAGCGCUGCGAUCAGGCUGUGCAGGCUACGUAUGCAUUUGCUAA